CCUCUGUCGUCCACUCCUUCCAAUGGUCGGCGCCGAGCGGUCUCUCCGCGAGUACACCAUGUCCGAGGUAGCGCAUGAAUGCCUCCGCGACGGACGACUUCUGAUCGUCAUCGACGGCCACGUGUAUGACGUGACCAAGUGGAAGCAUCUCCACCCUGGCGGUGAGAUCAUCCUCCGGAACUCCAUGGGCCAAGACAUGUCUGACGCGUUCCGAGUCUUUCAUCCAGAGGAUGUGCGCGGACGGCUGGCGCGGUUCAUGAAGGGCGUGGUGGUCGAUGCCGAGCCGUCGGAGCUCUCCAAGGACUACAAGGCGCUGCACGAGGCGUUCCUUGCCGAGGGCCUCUACGACUCGUUCCUGCCGUACUUUGCGGCCAAGCUGGUGGCAGCAUACCUCCUCCUGGCGGCGGCACUGUGGAUCGGGUGGCAUGCGCACGACUUUGCGUCGCCGGACUGGGCGGUAGCAUGCGGCGCGCUUGCGCUCGGCCUCUUCUUUCAGCAGUACGCCUUUAUGGGUCAUGACCUCUGCCACAAUGGCGUGACGCACAACCGCAAGAUCGACUACAUCUUCUCGAUUGUCUUUGGUGGGGCGCUCGGCGGAAUCUCGUCCGGGUGGUGGAAGCGGUCGCACAACGUGCACCAUGUCUUCACCAACUCGGUCACCCACGAUCCGGACAUCCAGCACCUGCCCAUCUUUGGCCUUUCAGAGUCGCACCUCAAGGGCAUUUUCUCGACGUACCACUCGCGGUUCAUGCCGUACGAUGGCAUCGCCAACAUCUUUGUCCGCAUCCAGGCCUGGCUCUACUACCCGAUCAUGGCUGUGGCGCGGUUCAACCUCUACCUGCAGUCGUGGCUCAUCCUCAUUGCCGAGCCGGCGAUGGAGUACCGCUGGCUGGAGAUGGCAUCGCUGGGUGCCUUCCUGGCGUGGAACGUGGCCUUUGUCACCUACGGCCUCUCCUCCGCCUGGCAUCGCUUCCUCUGGCUGGCUAUCUCGCACGGCUUUGCCGGCAUCCUGCACGUCCAGAUCACGCUCUCGCACUUUGCCAUGGAGCUUUACGAGGACCCGUCGGUCGAGCCGUUUGCGGGUGACUUUGUGCGGGCCCAGGCGCUGACCUCGAUGGACGUCGACUCCAACUGGCUCACCCACUGGUUCCACGGCGGCCUGCAGUACCAGCUUGAGCACCACCUGUUCCCGCGCAUCCCGCGCCACCGCCUCACCCACAUCCGCGAGCGGAUCAAGCCCAUGUUUGAGAAGCACGGCAUCCCGCUAGUCUCAGUCUCGUUCUGGGAGGCCAACCGCAUGGUCAUUGCCGCCCUCGCAAAGACUGCCGCCGACGCCUCGGCCCAGCACGCGCACUGGUUUGCGGACGCACUCAACUGGCGCGGCUGAUCGCGUGCGUGUCCUCUGCAGAAACAAACGCAUCUUUGAUUAUCUA